AUCAGAUCGGGGUGUGGCGGGUUUGAAAACAUUGAAAUAAAUCAGAGAGCUCCGCAUUUGCUGCCUAACGGCGCUUAUUCAAACGCCUCGGCGAGAUCGAUUCAAGGACUAAAAGAAGAAAACAAAAGCGACGAAGAAGGAUUUUGCUUUUUCACAUUUUCUGAUUCAGUUUCCUCGACUUCUUUAUACCUGUGUACAAGGGGUUGGUCUUAACUUUUUUUUUUUUUUUUUUUUUUUUUUUUGGCAAACUUUUGGAUGAGUGAAUAUUGUUUUGUUGAGUUUUCCCCUCAUCGUGCCGCGUGAUGUUAAACUGUAAAGUCUGGAUUGAACUUCGUUUCUCUUGGGAUCCUUAAACAUCAACAUUUUCCCAUGUGGUGUUCAAAACUCACGGGUUUCAACCAUUAACCCCUUAUUAAAGAUUAUCUGGACGAUUUUUGGAUUUAAAUAGUGUUAAAGUCACUUCCCCUCUUUGGCUUGCGACACUCAUUUUUUUUUCAAAGCCAAAAGAGGAAGUUAUCCGAGCCUAAUAGUCACGAAAAACUCUUUUAAAAAUCUCCAGCAGCUUGACAGAAGGGUUAUCCCUUUUCCUUUUUCUUGUUUAAGCUAUAGCCCUUAAUCCGUCGCCCUGAAGCGUGCAUUCGGAACCAGAACUAUGGGCUGUACCGUGAGUCAGGACGAUAAAGCCGCGGCCGAGAGAUCCAGAAUGAUUGACCGGAAUCUGCGGGAGGACGGAGAGAAAGCUGCUAAAGAAGUCAAACUGCUGCUGUUGGGUGCUGGAGAAUCAGGGAAGAGCACCAUCGUAAAACAGAUGAAGAUUAUUCAUGAGGACGGUUACUCAGAGGACGAGUGUAAGCAGUAUCGAGCGGUGGUCUACAGUAACACCAUUCAAUCUAUCAUGGCCAUCAUCAAAGCCAUGGGCAACCUCAAGAUCGAAUACGAGGACUCUUCCAGAGCGGAUGAUGCCCGUCAGUUGUUUGCCCUGGCGGGGGCAGCAGAGGAACAGGGCAUUCUACCAGACGAUCUGGCCAAUGUCAUCACCAGACUGUGGGUUGAUGGAGGCGUACAGAGCUGCUUCACCCGCGCCAGAGAAUAUCAGCUCAAUGAUUCUGCUGCAUAUUAUCUGAAUGAUAUGGAGAGGAUAGGCAAAUCAGACUACAUCCCAACCCAACAAGACGUGUUGAGGACCAGAGUGAAGACCACCGGCAUCGUAGAAACACAUUUUACCUUUAAAGACCUGCACUUCAAGAUGUUUGAUGUCGGCGGUCAGCGUUCAGAGAGAAAGAAAUGGAUCCACUGUUUCGAAGGUGUGACAGCCAUUAUCUUCUGUGUGGCCAUGAGUGCGUAUGACCUGGUGCUGGCUGAAGAUGAAGAGAUGAACCGAAUGCAUGAGAGCAUGAAGCUCUUCGACAGCAUCUGCAACAACAAGUGGUUCACCGAGACCUCCAUCAUCCUGUUCCUCAACAAGAAAGAUCUUUUUGAGCAGAAGAUCACACACAGCCCGCUCACCAUCUGCUUCCCUGAAUACACAGGUGCCAACAACUAUGACGAGGCUGCCGAGUACAUCCGCUCCAAGUUUGAAGACCUGAACAAGAAGAAAGAAACCAAGGAGAUUUACCCUCACUUCACCUGUGCCACUGACACCAAGAACGUGCAGUUUGUAUUUGACGCCGUCACUGACGUCAUCAUCAAAAACAACCUGAAGGACUGUGGGCUCUUCUAGAAAACAAAAGCAGGAAGAUGAUUCGAGAUUACUUUUUGAUGACCAGAGGAAGUAGAUGUGGAGGAAAUGUCCUGAGCAUCUGCCCUGGCUGACGAGUCCUGCUUCCAUAUGACGACUGAUGGCUCAGAGGAGCCGACACAAUUUCAAUUAUUUCCAACGACCCCCCCCCCCCCCCCCUCCACACACACAAACACACACAACACACACACACACACACACACACACACACACACACUGUUCCACCGUUUUGUUUGACAUUUUAAAUCGGUAUUAUUAACUUCAUGGGCUAAGGACCACGAAUCAACUGUUGUAAUUUCCAUUUUCUUUUGUGUUGUUUAAUUUCUGUUUUUUUUUACAGUAAUAGCAGAGGCAACACAAUGUGUUAUAAACUUUAAUUGUACUCUAGGGAAUCUGAUGUGCAAAUUUUAUGACAUUUUAAAUUGCAUCAUGCUUUUUUUUAAAUAAACAGCAGGCGUUGGAUAUAGAAUAUGAUUGAAAAAGGAAAGCGCUUUUUUAUUAUGUUUACAUGAUGUCCACAUUCAUAGCAAAACGGCAAGUUGUCCUGCAUGAUAAAAGAUUAAUCAAUAUACCAGCACAAGUAAUCAGUUCACAUCAGUGUAACAUUCCUUUUUAAAUAAUAAAAAACCACAAAUAGGGAAAGAACUGCUAAAAUGUAAUUGAUAUUUAAAAUAUGUAUGUAAAAGUAUCUAACAGUCUGUUUCUUAUCUUCACGUUCCUCGUCUUUCUAGCAUUGUUUGUGCCUUGAAUUCCGUUUACAAUGGACUUUAUUUCUCCUCUAGUUAUCCUGCUGUACGCAAACAUUUCUGCUUCAGAAUUUUCACACCUUGUAAUAAAUAGUGAUUAUUAAUGGAAAUCGAAUUGAGAAAAAGGGUAGUUUAUUUUUUUCUCUUUUUUUGGGGGGGGGGGGGGUGGUAAAGAUUAAAAUGCUUUUGAGAGUCCUAUCUAAUGAUUUAAUUUAAAUAAAAGAUAAUUUACUAGA